AUGCAAUUUCUAUCAUAUUUUUUGAUUUUUACUGUGGGACAUUCAAAAGCCCUAAAUGAGAUUGAACAAUCACUGAAUAAGUACCCAGAAAAUGUAUCUAAUAUAAAUGCAAGAAAGGCUCGGCAAGAUGGUGGAGUUGGUGGAGCUGCUGGCGGGGCAGCUGGUGGUGCAGCUGGAGGCGCUGCUAAUGGUUUAGGUGCUGGAAUUGGUAGCGCAACUGGCGUCUUUAAUCAAUUAACUCCAUUACUUGGUGCUAUAACACAAUCAGUGGGUACCGCUUUAGGUGGUGGCGUACAAGGUUUUCUAGGUUUGCUACCAAAUCCAGCUAUGGUAAAUAAUGGAAUUAAUCCACUUGGAAAUGGUUUAUUGGCAAACUUAUUAGGUUCUCCAGUCCCAGCCCCAUUACCAGUUUCACCUACUCCAAAUGUUGGGGUGGCUGGUAAUAGCGCACCAAAUGCAGCAACUAAUAUGAAUGGAAUGAAUGGGAUAAAUACAGCUGCAGAUAGAAACGAUGGUAAUACUGGUAGUAAUUCUGGGGGUCUUGCCAAUCCUUUGAAUACUAACACACUUUUAGGAAAUAACGGUUUAUUCGCUUUGUUAGCACCAAAUCCACUUUUUACUCAAAAUCCUACCACAACGAAUGCAAAUCCUGUUGGGCAACAAAAUUUCAUUCCAAUUAUUGGUUACCCAUUACAAAUACCUGGAACAAUUACAAAUUCACUGCUUCAAGGAUUAGCAUCAUCACCAGCUGCAACAUCUGUUAAUACACUUCUUCAAGGUUUAACAACUACACCAGCAAUAACUCCUACUAAUACACUUCUUCAAGGAUUGACAACUACACCAGCAGUAACUCCUACAAAUACACUUCUUCAAGGACUAACAACUACACCAGCCGUAACUCCUACUAAUACAAUUCUUCAAGGAUUACAAAGCACACCAUCAGCUACUGCUGCCGUGACACCAACAACAACAGCUACAACUUUUGGUAAUAGCGGUAAUACGAUUGCAAAUGCGAUUGGUAGUGCUGGAAAUAACCGUUUUCGUUCUGAUCAACUUGCAGCAUUAGAUUUACUUGAUAAAAUUCAAACUGCUUUGGCAGCUAAUAAUAUUAAUGAAAGACUUUUGACUAACAAUAAUUUUAAUUACAAUUUACCUUAUCUGUAUCGUUCUAUUGUGUGA